AUGGCGGCGCCCAUGGACCGCAAACCGGUAGAAGGUAAAACUACUAAAUUACCUCCAGAAAUAGAUUUAACUUCUCCACGCUUUGAUGCAACGAAGGCACUCUUUUCUAGGCAAAUUCUUUUGCCGUUUGCAUCUGCACAACCACUUGACAAUUUAGCAAAGUUCGAGAGUUGGUCUAAACAAUCAAAGAAAAAUGAAGACAUUUCAAAAAAUCUACAAAUUGAACCAGCAAGGAAGCAAAUACAAAGGCCAAUACCUGCUGUGUCACUUCGUCGGAAAACUGAACAGCAGUCAACUUCUGCUGAUUUAUCCAAACAGUCUGGAAGACACCGGAACAAGCUCAACAGAAAUGUUCUUACACGGAUGGAUG